CUCUCAUCAGUCCACCGAGAGAAGAACGAGAUUGAACUUCGCUCAACUUUCUAGAGUCUUCCAUGUUAGUUAACACUAUCAGCGUUUGCGUUACUGCGGAAUUGUGAUCGAAUCAACGCAAUAUUAGCCACUUUCAAUGCAACAUACCGAAACAAAACGAACAAUGCAAGAGAUUGCAUUGUAGGCAGAACGCAUCAGAGUAGGAUUCUAUUGCGUUGACAGGCAUGGUCUCAUCCCGUAAACUAUACAGACCGGUGCGGCAUAACCAAUCAGAGCUGUAGUAAGCCUAUAUGCAAAUAGACCAUUGUCAUAAAUGGAUCCAUGUUAUUUGUUUUGAUCUGGACUUUACAGCUGUGGUCGUGAGUAGAUGUGCUUCUUUUGCGAUUAAAGCAAGAGCUGCAUGUGGCCACCUGUGCACAUUUUGUUCAUAUCUUUUGCUAGUUUGUUAUUAGCCCAGUUAUAGAUCAUUUGUAGUCAGCAAUAGGGGAGUGAUUGCUUCCUACAAGAUCCCAACAAGUGUACCUUUCUAGACAUUUUUGAAAAGCGAGUCAGGACCAAAGAGAACACGAUGGCCAUUGAUCACAGACUUUCUCUACCCCUGGCAAGUUUUAUUUUGGCCAUUUCCUUGACUACAACUACAACUCUGACAAGCUCUUCUGAGAGAGGAACUAAUGCCACUGCCACAAAUAUCCGUUUGGUUACUGCAAUCACAGAGACAAUGGCUCCAAACCAGACCUACACCACUGCCAUGCCAACUCCUUCAAAUGUCACUGUUGACGGUGCUCUCUCUACUACAAGUUACCAUAACUCAAGUCAGAACAGCACUGGAACAACAACUCACAGUGCUGUGCAGGACAACUCAACAACCACAACAGCACCGGCUGAGAGCUCAAACACAACCACUGAGUCAACACCAUCAGCUUUGGCCCCUACAGCUAAUGCUACAUCUGCAGCCAUUACAGUCCCGGGUAUAGUCCCCUCCACUCCACCAACCACCCAAGCAGCCAAGACCACUGAAAACCAAAGCAGUACAUCAAAUAUCCCGCCACAACAAUCCACUAAGAAUCUUCCUCAAACCACCAAUGCCGCCACGUCGAUGACAACAGCCACACAUAAUGUGACACAAGGUUUUGGACUAGACAAUUCAGAAAAAGGCAUGACGGUUUUCUUCAGUGUUGUGCUCGGGGUGUUUGUUCUGGGAAUAUUUAUGUACACGUUGAAUAGAUGGAACCAUAUGAGGCAAUACUCACAUCGGCCUCUCUAUAACAACUCUGAGGCCGAAGUGGGUGGAUCCCUGGCAGCAGACGACACACUUGUAAUUUCAGGAGGACUCUACGAUGGUUCACAAAUCUACAAUCCAACUAUGACAACUACUGAUAUGACGGAGGAUGAGUUCAAUUUGGAUAACCGUCUACAUGUGUCCCAGCCAUCACAGUUCCGCCUGGAGUUCUUAACUGAAGAACGAGAGAGCUCCCCAGGCUAUGAGGCCUCGACCUUUCAUGCUUUUCAGCCAAUUGAUGAUGAUUAUUAAUGUCAAAUCUAGCUUCUUCUUUUUUUAAAACAUCACUUUAACAGUUGCAUUGUUUAUACAGUUGAAGUCGGAGGUUUACAUACACUUAGGUUGGAGUCAUUAAAACUUGUUUUUCAACCACUCCACACAUUUUUUGUUAACAAACUAUAGUUUUGGCAAGUCGGUUAGGACAUCUACUUUGUGCAUGACACAAGUCAUUUUUCCAACAAUUGUUUACAGACAGAUUAUUUCACUAUUCACUGUAUCACAAUUCCAGUGGGUCAAAAGUUUACAUACAGUAAGUUGACUGUGCCUUUAAUUAAACAGCUUGGAAAAUUCCAGAAAAUUAUGUCAUGGCUUUAGAAGCUUCUGAUAGGCUAAUUGACAUCAUUUGAGUCAAUUGGAGGUGUACCUCUGGAUGUAUUUCAAGGCCUACCAUCAAAAUCGAUGCCUCUUUGCUUGACACAAUGGGAAAUUUAAAAGAAAUCAGCCAAGACCUCAAUUGUAGAUCUCCACAAGUCUGGUUCAUCUUUGGGAGCAAUUUCCAAAUGCCUGAAGGUACCACGUUCAUCUGUUCAAACAAUAGUACGCAAGUAUAAACACCAUGGGACCACACAGCCGUCAUACCGCUCAAGAAGGAGACGUGUUCUGUCUCCUAGAGAUGAACGUACUUUGGUGCAAAAAGUGGAAAUCAAUUCCAGAACAACAGCAAAGGACCUUGAGAAGAUGCUGUAGGAAACAGGCACAAAAAUAUCUAUAUCCACAGUAAAAAGAGUCCUAUAUCAACAUAACCUGAAAGGCCACUCAGCAAGGAAGAAGCCACUGCUCCGAAACCAAACGCAAUAAACAAACAAAACAAAAUAACAAAAAUAGAAAUGUUUGGCCAUAAAGACCAUCAUUAUGUUUGGAGGAAAAAGGGGGACGCUUGCAAGCCGACGAACACCAUCCCAACCAUGAAGCACGGGGGUGGCAGCAUCAUGUUGUAGGGGUGCUUUGCUGCAGGAGGGACUGGUACACUUCACAAAAUAGAUGGCAUCAUGAGGGAGGAAAUGUAUGUGGAUAUAUUGAAGCAACAUCUCAAGACAUCAGUGAGGAAGUUAAAGCUUGGUCGCAAAUGGGUCUUCCAAAUGGACAAUGACCCCAAGCAUACUUCCAAAGUUGUGGAAACAUGGCUUAAGGACAACAAAGUCAAGGUAUUGGAGUGGCCAUCACAAAGCCCUGACCUCAAUCCUAUAGAACAUUUGUGGGCAGAACUGAAAAAGUGUGUGUGAGCAAGGAGGCCUACAGACCUGACUCGGUUACACUAGCUCUGUCAGGAGGAAUGGGCCAAAAUUCACCCAACUUAUUGUGGGAAGCUUGUGGAAGGCUACCCGAAACGUUUGGCCGAAGUUAAACAAUUUAAAGGCAAUGCUACCAAAUACUAAUUGAGUGUAUGUAAACUUCUGACCCACUGGGAAUGUGAUGAAAGAAAUAAACGCUGAAAUAAAUCCUUCUCUCUACUAUUAUUCUGACAUUUCACAUUCUUAAAAUAAAGUGGUGGUCCUAAGUGACCUAAGACGGGGACCUUUUACUCGGAUUAAAUGUCAGGAAUUGUGAAAAACUGAGUUUAAAUGUAUUUGGCUAAGGUGUAUGUAAACUUCCGACUUCAACUGUAUAAUUUUUUUUUUAUGUAUAUUAUUUUUAUUUUUUCUUCUUAGUACUUUCUUCACCCUACCAUUCCAUCCCUAAUUGGAUUCAGCUAAUGGACAACAAUACUUAUACCGCUACUUACAGUUAUUUCGCUCUAUGAUACCUGUAGUUAAAUAAUUAUACAUGUAUUCUUAACUUCCUCUUUCUUCAAGUGUUGGAUUUUCACCCAUAGCGGCCAAUCCAUUAUUCAUUCUGAUCUUAACUCCAACCCUCCGAUGUCCACAGAUUAACCCAUCUUUCCCAGUGUAAUGCCAUUGUUCCAUUUCCUUUUACAAUACAUCCCUUCAUUUUACUAUGAUGUCUUACGAGGGUCCUGAACUUCCCUAAUUGUAAGAUUUCUACCGAUAUUGCCCUAAAAAUGUAUACUUUACCUAGGCGUAUAAUGAUAUUUCGCAUUGACUGAUUGUGGUUUUUCAGAUCCCCUAACAAGAACCCUUAAUUAAGACUGAACAACCAUUCCUGGACCUGACUCCAAAACCGAGCCACCAAUGGACUGUACCAUGAAAUAUGUUCUAUUGAUUCUGUUUCCUCAUGACAGUCUGCACAAGGCUGACUGUUCAAUGCCCAAUAUACUGAGCAUUCAUUUUGUAGCAAGUAUUUUAUAUUAUAGCUUAAAUUUAAAAGAAUUGAUUGAAGUGUCAAUUCAUAGACCCGAUGCCAAGGUAACGAGACAUCAAAAGCCUGUUGUCAACUGACUUUAAUUUGAUACGUAUUGCUGUCAAACACUUUGACGGAUACAUUUUUUGAUUUAGACUACUCAUUUUAAGCCAUUUAUGAUUUUUAAUGGGUGGCAGAGAUGAAUUCUUUAAUUUCUUCAAAAAGUAAUGGUCUCUUCCAAUUUUGUGGCAGUGCUGCAAUGAGUUGGCUAUAAUUUUGGAUUGAGCAUAUACCUCCAUACACUGUUGUUAGUAUGCUUGUUUGACAUAAGUUUACAAUCUUUUUCACGAUUUUUUCUGUAUAAGUAUAUUGGAGUUUAGCCAUAUUAUUUGCUGUAAAAUUAGAUCUUCCUUUUCUGGAGAAUGAAAUUGAAAUUGUUGCCAACUCUGUAAAAAGGAGGAUACUUGAAACGGAUUGUACACUAAGUGUACAAAACAUUAGGAACAUUUGCUUUCUCCUUGACAUAGACUGACCAGGUGAAUCCAGGUUAAAGUUAUGAUCCCUUAUUAGUGUCACCUGUUAAAUCCACUUCAAUCAGUGUAGAUAAACGCGAGGGCACUGGUUAAAGAAGGAUUGUUAAGACUUGACACAAUUGAGACAUGGAUUGUGUAUGUGUGCCAUUUAGAGGGUGAAUGGGCAAGACAAAAGAUUUAAAUGCCUUUGAACGGAGUAUGGUAGUAGGUGCCAGGCCAACUAGUUCGAGUGUGUCAAGAACUGCAACGCUGCUGGGUUUUUCAUGCUCAACAGUUUCCCGUGUGUAACAAGAAUGGUCCACAACCCAAAGGACAUCUAUCCAAGUUGACACAACUGUUGGAAGCAUUGGAGUAAACAUGGGCCAGCAUCCCUAUGGAAUGCUUUUGACCACCUUGUAGAGUCCAUGCCCCGACGAAUUGAGACUUUUCUUAGGACAAAAGGGGUGAAACUCAAUAUUAUGAAGGUGUUCCUUAUGUUUUCUACACUCAGUGUAUAUACAGUGCAUUCGGAAAGUAUUCAGACCCUUUCACUUUUUACACAUUUUGUUACGUUACAGCCUAAAAUCGAUUAAAUAUGUUUUUUUUCCUCAUCAAUCUACACACCAUACCCCAUAAUGACAAAGUGAAAAAAGGUUUUUAGAAAUGUUUUCAAAAUAAAAAACAGAAGUACCUUAA